AUGCAUAUUUUACAGCUCGAGAUUAUACAAAACCAGCAAUUGAUCGCCGCAUUGCUGAAGAAACGAAAUGCAAGACAAGCAUUGCUUAAACCAACACAUAGACAUGUUUUGGAAGUUGCUGGUUUCAUUUUAGAUGUAAAUCCUGAUAUUUUAGAAGAAGGAAUUAUUGAUAAAGAUGAAUAUAUCAAUGUUUUUGACAAUUUUUUUCUUAAAAAUGGGAAGAAUGCAAUUCUUAUACACUUUCAACCAAUGGAACCACCUCCAUUUGGUAUCAUAAAAAAAUUACAUUUUUAUUAUAUUUGUUAAUAUAAUUUUUGAAUAUAAUCAAUAAAAAAAAAAAAAAUGUGAAAAAUUAGACUCAGGACGUUGGCUUCCGUAUGAUG